GAAACACACCUCCCUACAGCUCUAUAAACAUGAGAUGUCUGAGCGAGACACCGACAGAGAACGAGAUACCAUGAUCGAAUGGAGAACAUGAGGAAAUCAUCAAAGGAGACCGCGAUCAUGGCCGGGAAAUCCAAGCCUGAUCAUGUCAAGUGCAAGAAGCACCCAAAACACCAACAAUCACCGGGAGUUUGCUCGCUUUGUCUGAGUGAAAGACUCUCCCAAAUUUCCAGUUCUUCUUCUUAUGGUUCACGAAGAUCAACCUCUGCUGCCGCCAUGGCCGCUUCUUCUUCUCCUUCUUCUUUGUCAUCUUAUUAUUCUUCCUCCUCGGCUUCUUCUUGUUCCUCUCCAGUGCAUCGGUACGAGCAUUUUACCAAGGAGGGAAAGAUCAGUUCAGUAUCGUUUCUGUUGAAUGGCAAGGACGUUCUCCUUAAGAGCAGAUCGGUUGCUUUCUUUCCAAGAAUGAAAAGUGGACAAGAUCAUAAUGAUACGAAGAAGAAAGGAGGUGCAGGGUUUUGGUCGAAGUUGAUUCGUCCGAGAACUAAGAGGAUGGAAGCCGAGACUUUGAUGCACUCAAGGACCGUGAGAGAGACGAUGACUACUUAAUUAAAGGGUUGCUUCUUCGCCAUGAAAGCACGUUUCUUGGUCAAUUUGUUUUCUUUUUCUUUUUUUCAUAGGUGCAGGAAGAAUGUAUCUAUAUAUUAGGUAGGUAUUUACAGAAACAAAAAAAGAUCAAAAAGAAUGAUCAAACAAUAAAGCAGAAAGAAAA